UUUUAAAGGACACACUGGAAAAAAGAGGUGCUCUUGGACAAAUAAAAGCAAGGAUCAGAGCUGAAGUUUUUAAUGCGCUGGAUGACCAAAGUGAACCACGGCCACCACUGUCUCAUGAAAAUCUCUUAAUCAACGAACUAAUUCGUGAAUACCUGGAAUAUAACAAAUAUAAGUACACAGCAUCUGUUUUAACUUCAGAGUCUGGCCAGCCUGAAGUGCCCUUGGAUAGACAGUUUCUUGCCAAAGAGCUGCACAUAGUUGAAGAUGCAAAUGGAAAAUCAGUACCUCUCUUAUAUGGAAUUAUCUCUCAUUUCUUAUAUGGUGGUAGAGAAGAAAGUACCCAGAAUACACUUCCAAAAGUGUCUUCGCUAAAUUAUCCAAAGCAAAACCUUGGCAAGCCGCCUACUGAGAGAAAUCAAAAAGAUAGAAUUCCUGAACCAGGAAGGAUGGCUGGCACGAGUAUCGAAGAGCCCCUUGUUUUACGAAGUAUAAACAAAUGA